AAAUCUAAACUAUUUGAAAUCUAAUAGAGUUGAUUUCAACUUAUAUAACCAAUAACACCACUGAUUUUCUGAAAAACUACAACUCUAUUUUUUAUCAAUAAAAAUAUAAUACUUAUUCUGUUUUUAAAAAAUUGUCAAUGUGAUAUAUUUACAGAAAAAAUGAUAAAAUAUAUUUUAUUCAAUAUUUAAUUAAAUAAAAAAAAAAUAAUUUAUAAAAAUAGAUUAAUUAUUUAAUAGGACAAAUAAAAAAAAUGUAGAAUAACACUCUUUUUAAAACAAAAACAAACAUAAUUUCAAAAUGACAUUGUUCCGAUGGAGCAUUGACAAAUAUAAAGAAUUAACUUUAUCUAAUCCCCAAAACGCUGCGUUUUACAUUCCGAUACGGUGAGGGUUUUUCUCCAUCUUCUUCUUCCUCUACACCUGAGAGAAACUCUAAAACCCUAAUUCUCGAGAAAUCAACUUCCAUAGACAGCAAAUGUCGUAUUCGAGAGCUCUCAAGUUCAUUUUCGGGUUAAGAUCCGACCCAAUUUUCUCUUCGUCGUCUUCCGCAAACUCUCUCUUCAUCUCCGGUGGCUCUCCGAUUCCGUCUCAGCACCGAUCCAUCGCAUCCACAGCGACGCUUCACGGAUGGAUGGAUUCGAUCAAAGGUGUCUUUACAGGAAACAAGGAUACUCCCGUGGAACAGUCGAAUCUACCCGUUGAAGACUUCACUCUUCUCCGAUUCGCCGAUGAACUGAAGAACGCUAAAAGGUUAGGGAAGUUCAAGCAGUACAUUGUGGGUCGAAGCAGCGAGGCCACUUUUGCAGACGCAUUUGAGAAACAAGAAACCAUUAUGAGGUACCUUGGAGCUCGUGAUGCUACAGGAGAGAAUCUGCAAGCGAGUCAUAAGCAAGAAGCGGCUAAGCAAUGCAACUGCACCAUAGCGGAUGUGGAGAAUACGCUGUCCAAGUUUACUUGGGCUAGGCAAGCUCACAAGAAGAUGACAGAGUUGAAAGAUGGAGGCAAACCGUUACCAAAGAAUAUGGGAGAGCUGCAAAAAAUGAUGGGGUCAACCCCGAUGGAUAUGGCGAGAUCUAACUUAGCCAAGAGUGGGCAGAUCAGCCGCAAUGCGCUUUGUCCCUGUGGUUCCAAAAAGAGAUAUAAAAGAUGUUGCGCAAAGGAUUGAAGAAGCAGAAGUUGAACUCAAACAUCCAGAGAUCGAGUUUGAUCCGUCAUCUGUUAUAGUUUGUUUGUUUGAUUAAGCUACAUAAUCUUUUUUUUUUGAGUUUUCUCUUAGCUCUUUCUUGGCUUCAUUUGCUUGUUAUGGUGUUUCAGCUUCUGCUGUUAAUUGGCUUUGCUUCUAGACCAUUCCUUUUUGUAUGAUGCAGACUUAUUUAUUUUGUUUCAGAGCCUAAAUAAAAUCUACAAAUACAGUUUAUGUGUUUU